CAGCUUGAAAGGUGAUAUAUCAAUAUCUUGUGGCAGGUGUGUCUUCAAUGGGAAUGGAAAAAUCUUGGAGGAUCUAGUCCUAGCUGCUAAAGAAGGUGUUUUUGUAAACAUUGAUAGCGAAUUUGAUCUGGAAAACAUUGUAGCUGCGGCAAGAAUUGCUGGGAAGAAAGUAAAUGUGCUCCUACGUAUAAAUCCAGAUGUAGAUCCUCAGGUCCAUCCAUAUGUUGCCACUGGGAACAAGAACUCCAAAUUUGGUAUCCGAAAUGAGAAGCUGCAGUGGUUUCUAGAUGCCGUGAAGGCACAUCGGCAAGAACUGAAGCUUGUUGGUGCCCACUGCCAUCUUGGCUCUACCAUUACAAAGGUGGACAUUUUCAGAGAUGCUGCAGUCCUAAUGGUGAACUACAUCGAUGAAAUUCGAGUCCAAGGCUUUGAAAUUGAUUACUUAAACAUUGGAGGUGGUCUUGGAAUUGAUUAUUAUCACACUGGAGCUGUCCUUCCCAGUCCUAGAGAUCUUAUUGAUACUGUUCGGGAGUUGGUUCUUUCACGGAAUCUUAAUCUAAUUAUUGAACCUGGAAGAUCACUUAUUGCAAAUACUUGCUGCUUGGUCAAUCGUGUCACUGGAGUCAAAACCAAUGGGACCAAAAAUUUUGUUGUGAUUGAUGGCAGCAUGGCGGAACUUAUUCGUCCAAGUUUGUAUGGAGCCUAUCAGCACAUAGAGCUGGUUUCUCCCUCAUCACCAGAUGCCGAGAUUUCCACUUUUGAUGUUGUGGGUCCUGUUUGUGAAUCAGCAGAUUUCUUGGGGAAGGACAGAGAACUUCCAACGCCAACGAGUGGGGCUGGCCUUGUAGUUCAUGAUGCAGGUGCAUAUUGCAUGAGUAUGGCUUCAACAUACAAUCUCAAGAUGCGUCCUCCGGAAUAUUGGGUCGAAGAGGAUGGAUCUGUGUCCAAACUUCGGCACGGGGAGACGUUUGAAGACCAUUUAAGAUUUUUUGAGGGCCUUUAAGUUAUUGUUCCGUUUAGAAGUCAUUCACCAUUUUUCCAUAGUGCAGGGUAAGAAUCCUGAAUGUCACUGCAAAGAGUGCUCGACUUUAUUUUCCCCAUGCCCAUAUUAUUAUGCAUUUGAAUGUUUUUGGUGAUUGAAUAACAUUUCCCUAUUCCCAUAUCAAUCUGUAACAAGAUUAGGCUAUCAAUUUAUAGUCUUCCAA